AUGAAGAAUAUAUUAAAAUCAAUUACGGUAACUCAUGAGGAUAAGUACGGCUUAAUCUGGAAUUGUCAAUUGUCAGAACUCGCUAAAGGCGUCUUAAGCGAAGUUGCAAUGCAUUAUGAUAUUCCUUUUAGGCAGCAGGCUAUUUGUUCCAUACUAUGCCAGUGCUAUAUUAACGAUGUCAAACCUUUGGAUUAUAAAGUAUUAGGAAAUGAGCUCAAAAAAGUUAUUGCCUCACUUGAUGACUUUAGCCCAGAUAUGCACGAGGAAUUAGUGAUUGGAUUAGAAGCCUUCGUAGAUCGCUCUAUGAUAUUCUUUAAUCAUGUGAGGGACUUAAUGCCUGAAAAUGAUACUCAAAAUCUCAGUGCACUGCCAGAAUUAAUUGGCAUUUUAAAGUUAAUUUAUAGUAUGAAAAAAUUUCAACAACGGCGCAAGAAACCUAAUUUAAAGAUAGAUAUACAAAAUGCUUGCAAGAAAGGAACAGAAUCUUGGUAUUACACUCAGCGAGAACUUAUUGUAGCUAAAGCUAAGACUCUUACUAAAGAGUUUCAACUCUUUCGAGAACUCGUUCAAAAGAUGUAUGUGGAUUUAAAGGUGUCCAAGUUAUUUUAUAACAAGGUGUUUUCACGGAUUUGUGAUGAUUACUUCACGGAUUGCUUCCUAAUUAUUGAUAAAGUGAUCAGUGAAGAUGCUAAAAGGCUAUUUGCUAGAUUCGACAAAUCAGAAUUUGUUACAUCGGAGAAGAUUGAUCAAUUAGUUUCCGAUCUAUAUUUUACAUUAAAAGGCCUGGCAAUUUACCGGGCUCAUUUAAGCGAAAGUGCUAAAUCAAUUCCAUUACAGCUAGACUCCAUUCAUUUAUGGUCCAGGUGCUUAUUAGAAGUGCUAAUUCGUAACGACUUUCGAGAUACUAAGGAACGAAUUACAAAAGCCGUCCAACUUGAAGAGGUUGUUGAUUCCAAUUUCAAGUUUUCGUCUUCUGCUGUCGAUACUGCUGGCCUAUUCAAUAAAACUUGUCAGCUGUGGAAAAAUAUUGCAUGGCCAGAACCUGAUGAGGCAUUCGCAUUCGUUUCUAAAAUUGUUGAUAAUAUUGCCAAUGCUGGCUGCUUUUAUGGAAAUCUACUUGAUAACCGCCUGAAAGUAGCUAAAUUCUACGAUGACGUUGGUUCGUUUGAUAUUACUGAACAGCUGUGUAUAACAUUAAAUAACCUGGAUCAUAUUCGAAGAAAUUUGCAAUCACUACCAAAGGAUUUAAAUUUCGAUCAAGCGAUUGAAAAUUUAUCACAUCAUGGCCGUGAUCAACAAGACCGUUUUCGAACUGUACUGACAAAUAUUUUAAAAGGUGCUGAUGACGAUUUAAUGAACAAAACAGUGAUUAUGAUCGAUCAAGUUGGAAAAAAGAUGGAAGUUGACAUUUACAAGCAUUUGCAGACGUUUUCAUCAUCGCCGCCGACUGUCAAUGUUAAUCAGGCAAUAUCUCCACUGCUUAGCUAUCUGCAAGAAAAUUCCAUCAAAUUGCAGGAAUGCCUAUUCAAAGAUGUCUACCAUAGCUUUAAUAUUAAAAUUGUAGAUGUUACCAUGAAAUGCCUUUAUCAAAUUACACUAAAAGUAGGAGAGCAGAAAACUUCUCUAUUUUCCUUUAAGUCUGAUACAAAGUCUAUGACAAUGAUGGAAGUUUAUAAUAGGCUAUGGGAUUGUCAACAGGUGUUGAAAGAUUUCUUUUUUAAUGGAGGAGAUGGUAUCGAUCUUGUUACUAUCGAAAAUGAUCAUUUCUACGUACAAACGGUGCAAUUUUUAAAUGUGGCUAAAUUGGAUACUACUAGACUUAUUGGACUUUAUUUUGAAGAGAAGCUUAAAGCAAAGCAAGAGGAAAACCUUGGUUCAUUAGCAGUAAAAUUAUUCUAUGAUAUAUCCCAGCAUAAACUUUCUGUCAACGGAUUAAGCGAUCCGUAUGUCGUUAUUGAUCUGCUCCCAGAGAAUCUUUUCUCAUGCUCACACAAAGAGACUAAAGUAUGCAAAAAGACAUUAAAUCCAGUCUUUGAAGAAACAUUUACCUUCAUUAUCGAUAAAGCGCUAUUUCAGACGUCCGGAACUGCCGUUUUAUUUACAGUGAUGGAUCAAGACAUGAUUAGUAGGAAUGAUUACGGUGGCGAAAGCGUUAUUCUGAUGAAAGAUAUCACCAUUAUUGACAACAGAAAGGAUGCAAAUCAAGAAGAAAUACCUGAACUGAAUUUAAAAUUAUCUAUGCCAUGCAUAUCAGGAGAGAUUUUUAAUCUUAUUGAUGAUCGAGUCGAUGAUGAUCCAAAUGCUAAAAAAUUUAUUGCAUUCCGUAGAAAGGCUUGUGAUGCUGCAGAGGAUGCUCGAAAUAAGUGA